AGCUGGUUGGAUUCUUGUGGGACUUCCUUUGGCGGCAACCCAAGAGAAUCAAGGUGCAGUGCUAACCGACCGCACCGCCAUUUUGUAAGGCUUGGUAGUGUUUAUGAAGAAUGGAGAAGAAUUAGAUGGCAAUGAUUACUCCGUAAGAGCUGUAUGGAGCUAUAUAGCAUGCCACAGCUUGAUAAAACACCAUACUCUGACAUUCACUAUGUGGAAAGGAGUAACCUGCCUAGCACAUCCAUCCCCGUGGAUGUCAAGAAGUUUUCCCCCGUUUCUGGAGACAUCUUGACGAGUUCAGCAUGGAGUGCUGUCAUCCACCGACCAGCUGAAGAUUCAGAACCUGAAGACCUGCCGUCAACAGUUGACAUGGAUGCCAUUAAAGGUUCUCCUUCCACGUCACUGCCAGCUGCAGGGGCUUCAGUUUGGUCGGAAAGUGAUAGAGGUCACGUAGGAGGUGGGGGUGGAGACGAUGACAGUGAUAGUGACGACGAUGAUGAUGAUGAAGAUGAUGAUGAUGAAAAUGAGAAAGGAGAUUCUUCCAGUGAAUCUUCUUCUCGCAACUCUGAUGGAGAGGAUGCUGACUCGGAGUCUGGCACGGCUCAAGGUUCAGCAAGUGACUCUGAUUCGGAGAGCAGCUCACGAAAUUCAUAUGAUUCUGAUUCAGACUCAGCUUCAAGUGAUAGUUCAUGUUCGUCUCGUUCUAGUGAGUCUAGCCACUCUUCUUCUAGCCCGGCGCCAAAACCUGUUCCUGUUAGAGAUGUUGAUAAGCGCUCUUCCAAUGAACAACAGCCUACGUUGGUGAAGUCACGGUUAAAUGUCCCUAGAAAUGAUAAGAAUGAAGAAAGAUGUGAUGUGAAAGCUGGUAGUCAAACUGCCAAGGAUGGGGACAAAAGUGAUGAAAGGAGAGUCACAAUGAGGAAGGAGGAGGAACAUAAACCGUUCAGAAGUAUGAACCUGCACCCAAAAGAGGACCAACGGAGUGACCCUAAGCGCAACUUCUCCCAUACAAAUCCUGAAGCCGAAGAGAACAGGCUGAAGGAGAAGCUGAAGGAACCCCAGAAGCCGUCUCCACUGCGGGCAGUCCGUCGCAAGGAUCUGGAAGUGCAGCCCAGCCGAAUGACGGACAGGAUCAAGGGGUUGAGUAACGAAGUGACCUCCACACGUCCGCAUACUAGUUCUUCCUCUACGACUCAGUCUCACAAUUUCAAAGAUCUUAACAGUGUUGAUGAGAAAAAGUCUGAGCGCAAACUCAUUUCAAGUUCGACAGCGCAGACGUCCGCGGCCAACGAGUCUAGCAGUGAUGUGGAGCUGCCAGUGCAAGUGGUCAAAGAUGCUAUCAAAAGGAUUCAAGUUGCACCCAAACCAAAACCAAGUUCCAACACAGUUAAUAAUAAGGAAGAUGAUGAUGCUGAACAUGAAGAAGACGAUGAGGGGGAGGAGGAUGAAUCUAGUGAUGAGGACAGGGGCAGGGACAGCAGACAAGCUCAGUACUCUUCGAGCCUUUUACAGAAGUUUGUGGAGAGCACUGAACGAUUAUCAGGGAAAAGAAGCUCUGCGCCUGUCCGUGUGUCUGGGCCUAAACUUAGCACAAGUUCUGGAAGCAGCCAGAGUUCAAAAGAUGCUGUCAGACUGAAACAUGCACACCCCUCCCAGUUUCUCUCUUCCAAUUCAUUGCCAGCUCGUUGCGUAGAGCCUUCCGCGGGGCCUUCGGGUAGACCAGGUCCUGCAGACCUGGAGGUUUAUUGCUCGGUGAGCAAUGUUUCACCUGAUAGUGGUAUCUAUUGUGUAAAUGGUUCACCAUGGCAUCAAUCAUCACCUGCCCAUUCCCCUCAACAUCCUUUGAAGGCACUCCCAUCACCACCACGAGGACUCGCCCAUCAGGAUCACAGGAGGAAACAUGUUUCAAUGCCAGUACUCCCUUUAUCAAGCUCUAAGUCACCUAAAAAGAGCUCAAACCAAUUGGAAAGACAGAAGGAUGUCAGAGUGCCUCCUAUUUUGACAAUGGAUGACUCUGAUGAUGAAAUGUCUUCAUCGCCAAUGUUGACAGCACCUGCUCGGAGGGGGCGAGGAAGGCCGAAAAAAGUUCCUCCUGUUCUUGAGCCUUGUCUUCCUUUCAACUCAAAGCCUUCAUCUAAAAGUGUUUGCAGCUUGGACCAGAGCAAGCUUAAGAAUAGGAAACAAGUCAAGCAACGGAAGGAGUCUGAAAGCUCAGAUCAGAGUGAAGAACGCUGUGAUAAAAUUUUAAUGUUUACAACACAUAGACCUAGGGAAGUUCAAGUGACUAGCCAGGGUGUGCAAUGUGACCAGUCUGAAUUUUCUUUGAUGGGUCUAACAAAGAAAAAGAAGAAAAGUCAAAGUAGUCAAAACCAUCAGAGUAGCCAAGUGAAGUACAUUCAACCAACAGUAUACAGUGUUCAAGAAAAAGAAAAAUUGUAUCAGAAAGUAGAUUUACCAACCGCCUGUGAUCGUGUCAAGAAAAAUGCUGAUGGUCGCACAUAUGGGCAUUCCCCAAUGGCCCAGUCAAAAUCUUACCCCAAUAAUUCAUCUAAGGAUUUGGGGUCCUUUAAAAGAUCCAGUAAACAAGACUCCUCUCCAAGCUGCAACCAAUCAUCAUCAUCUUCCAAGCGUAGGCUUCCAACUAGUGUUGAGAAAAGAAAGAAGGGAAGGAGAAGAGGCCACGCCGCCAGGCUGGCAGCGGCGGCUGCUGCACUGCUAUCAUCAAGUUCAUCACUUUCUCUCAAACCCGAUACGCCCACGCCUAGCUCCUCUGUUCAGCCAGCACCAUCCUCAGCCUCCUCAUCAACCAGUGUUCGUCCCUCUAAACCUUCACGCCCCAGUGAGAAAGUGGUUUCACUACCUCGGGGCAUCAAAAAUCACAAACAUAACAAGAAGCAUCAUAAACGGAAAAACCACAAGAAACAUUCAAGUCGUUCCAGUUCCAUUGAUCCAAAGUUUUUGCAAGAAUUGGAAAAGCUUAUCUUGGAUUUUCAAAAGUGCUGUUGUAUAGCUCGCAUUCAGCAACCAUCCAACAGACUUGGUGAGGCAGCCAAACUUCCCUCAAUAUUUAGACUUAAAAGAAUAGGGAAGAAACGCAAAGGAAGUGAAAGAUCCAAAACUAGUGAUCGUGACUCGGGACCUGAAGCUGACAAUACCAUUCCCCCUGUGGUACCCGCUCCCAGGGACAGUCGUGACAAAGGUAGCACAGGAGGAAAACGGCGUCCUAAAAAGAGCGCCGUUGAAACACCGAAGGGCCAGAGACCUGAGGCAAACAAUGAGCAAAGAUUGCCCCUGAAGAAGAGACAUUAUCACAUGUCCUCUGCUCCCAACCACCAAACUGGUGUCACAUCAUCACCAGAAAUGUCCCUUGACAUCAGUUCUUCUGCUGAGGAUAAAAGAAGCAACAAUGAUGAUAGCCCCACUUCCAGUAUAAGUAGCAAAGGCAGCGUAGUCAGUGCUACAAGCCAAGGAAGUCGUGGAAACCUGUCUGUUAACAAUCCAAAUCAGUCCAACAAAGUAGCUCCUCCAACAAGUGUGUCAGCGGAUGUGCCACCUGCCGUUACUUCCUGUGCAACCAAAGGAUCUCCCACCCCUCCCAUUUCCAGUGUGGGUAGCAGGCAGCCGUUCAACAGCUCAGGAUCGGCCAAAGGAAACAUACUGCCUGGCCCAAGUGUUGCUCACAGAGUCACUGUAGUCAUGCCAGCUACCAGCAGCAGCCCUGUGGGAAACACAUUUCCUGCAGGUGAAUCAAGCAUCUUAAGUAAAGCAGAUUCAUCUGCAAGUUUUGCCAGUGUGUGUGGCAAAAGUGAUACUCCUCCUUCCCAUUUGACUCUGGUCAAGAACUCUCCUUCAGUGCCAUGUUCAAACCUAAUUACUGUCACACCUAGUGUGAAGGAAUCUUCCCAAGGUUGUUCUCCACCCAGUGAUAAAAGUGCUGUAUCUGCAAGCUCUAGUGUUGUGCCAUCUAAAAACAAUCAACUUCCUGAAGAGAACUCUCUUGUCAUCAAGACAAAUGGCACUAGUGGAACAAGUGUCAAAGUGUCUAAUUCCAAGAGCUGUGCUACUUCAGAUAGUGCAGGUUUGAACAGUUCAGCAAUUAAAUCGGCUGCAGACAGUAGUUUAGCUUCAAAAUCAACUGCUCCGACUAGUGUUAACCAAUUUGCAUCCAGAGCAGUAUCUGCAGCUCAAAGUGACAAUUUGGAGGGUAUGCGCAGUGCUCUGUCAAUGAAUAGAACCCCUCCACCUCCAUCAGGAUUAUCAGCAGACUUUGGAACAAGUCAAGCAGGAAGUGUCAAAAACAGUGUCAGCAGCUCUAAUGCUGAGGCAAAAUUAUCUAGAAAUUCUUAUGAUGAUGCUAUUGAAGCAUGCAUAAGCAAAUAUUCAUCAGAGGUUCCUUCUAUCAACUUGACUCCAAGAGCUGUUAUAACAACACCCAAGAAACGACAUCGUAUGGAAAUGCAAGGGAAGCCUGGAGGCAGCAAAGGAAAAGAAGUGGAGCCUAGUGUCGAUUCAACAACUGGCAGUGUAUUGAGCUCGAGCUCACUGAUGCCAAAAAGGUCUAACAGCCGCACAGUUUCCUCGCCCACUCUCGAAGCAAAUCAUCCUGUUGUACAAACCAAAUUGAUGCCACCUCUUCCUACACCUCAGGCACUGUCCCCUGGGGGCUCAAAAUUGAUUGAAUCAGGUAUUUUUGAACCUUCUUCUUCCUCAGAGCAUUUUGUUUUAAAUGUGUCUCUGCCUGCUACACCUGUGAAGAGUGCAAUCACUGGCCUUUCGAAAUUAAAGGCUACAACCUGCUACAAACCAACCGUAGCAGAGCCUGUUGCACCUGAAUCUACUCCAGCUGAAGAAUCAUCUUCUGAUUCAUUCACCCUCACAAGUAAAAAUUUGCGCCAAAAGAAAAGUGGUUUGGGCAUUUCUUCUGAAGAAGAUCUUAGAGACUCGGCAUCUGAAGACAGAAGUGUUGAAAACAAUACUCCUGACCCAUUCCAAUUUCAUGAAGACGAUGAUCCCAUCCCUGUUUUGAAAUCUGAUGUUGAUCCCAAAAUCAAAGCUAAGUCAAAGCCCAAACCCAAAAAGGCUGACAAUCUUGACAAAGAGACAGACACCAAAAAGGUUGAGAUUGAAGUGAAGGCGGAAGCAAAGUCUGAAGCGAAUAGCAUUCCUCCAGAUGUGGAAAGUUUAAAAAGUAAUGAUCUAAAAGAAGUAAGAAUCCAAGUAGAGAAGCUCAGCAAUGUGGACACCUCUUCACAGAAAGGUAAAGAUGCCAAACAGACCAAAAGCAGCAACCCUGUGACCAAAAGACGGAGGAAGUGCAACAGAACUGGUUUUCCUGUCAAGCGUAAAAAGAAAAAGAAGGAGACAUCUCUUCCUCUUGAUGUUAAGACUGAAGAAGAAUUAAAGGGAGAUACUGAUGCUGAGAGUGCGACUGAUUCUAGAAUUCAAGAUGAUGGGAUCAAAUCACUCAAGGAAGAAGUAAGUGACAGUGGUACAAAUGUUAAGGUGGAGCCAAUGAAGGAAAGUCAAGCUGUGAUAUUGAAGUUUGAAGAAUCCAAUUGUUCGAAUGACAUAAAAGAGGAGGCAAAGCCAUCAGACCAGUCUUCCCCUCCUCUUCACAAUUAUUCUCCUUUGUCACCAAAUUCUCAGCAAAGUGCCAUGAAAUCAGGAGAAUCUUCAACCUCAUUGAAUGAGGAUGCCCCUGUGCCAUACAUUGACAGAAUCCCCAACAAAGAUAAAUACAUGUAUGCUGGCUUGUCCAAAAGAGUAGAUGGAAAAGCAGAGUGCAAGGUACGCAAACCAAGCAAAGCUGUGCUACGGGCUAUGCGAGCCAAAUUCUCAGAAAAUAUUUCACUACCUCAAAUGCCGGCCGGUACGACUAAGGGACCCAAAUUAAUGCCUCCUAACUGGAGUUCUGAUGAAAGUGAUGAUUCUGUCGAUGAGCCAUAUGAGUAUCCUGAAAUGCCAAGUUACGUUGGGGAUGCUGGCCCAGAGGAUGGGACCAAAAGUGACAGUGAGCAUGAGGUGGCUGAAUUGCCAGAGAUGUUGAGAAUACCUGAAGAAUGCAGUGCAGUUACCCUCCCAGACACUGAUGAUGUAUCAAGAAAGAGGCCCAGGCGUGACAUGAAGAGACCUGCUGCAUCCCCCUGUGAUGAGUCUGUCAAAAGCAAGUGUUCUAAGUCUGAAAAAGAGGAAAGCCACAGUUCUACAUCAAAGAAAGCCAGGACUACAAAUGAGUCUCGCACAAGAAACAAGCGCAAGCUAGGUGCUGAUGAUUUGCCUUCAUCAGCAGAAUUGCGCAAUGCCCGCUGCAAGAAGCGCCGCACUAUGCCAAGACUUGAAGCUGACAGCAUAGAAACCGAUGGGGAUGAAAGUGUCCUUGGAGAACUUCCUGGUCCAAGCACAGGUGGUCCAGGAGAUGCCUUGUCAGAUGAGGAAGCCCCAAAGCCCUUUUCGGCAGAUGCCAAGCAACCACGGUGGAGGAAGAAUUUUCUUCCCGCUGGAUUGUUUUCGGAUUAUUACAAGAUGGAUGAACCUCGACCAGUGGGUGCCAGUAAGAAAGGCUUGCAGUACAAACCUGAGGAUCAUCCCUAUGGUCUUUUACCUCCACCAUACCAUUGUGGAAAGUGGCUGCGUCAACGGAGAGUGAACUUCCAACUUCCUUAUGAUUUGUGGUGGCUUCAUUCUCACAACAAACUGCCUGGGCGUGAUACUGUUCCAUCUUGGAACUACAAAAAAAUCAGAACUAAUUACUAUAAUAAUGUUAAGCCUUCAUAUGUUCAUGAGCCUCAGUCUUGUAAUUGCAAAUCUCCUGAUGAGGACACGUCUAAGGGAUGUGGGGAUGACUGUAUAAACCGCCUAGUCUAUGCCGAGUGUGCUCCUGGCCUCUGCCCUCUAAAAGAACGCUGUUCCAACCAGAAAAUUCAAAGACAUGAGUGGGCCCCUGGAUUGGACAAAUUUAUGACCAAAGAAAAGGGCUGGGGAGUGCGAACUAAACUACCAAUCAAAACAGGUGAAUUUAUUUUGGAGUAUGUUGGUGAGGUUGUAUCUGAUCGCGAAUUCAAGGAGAGAAUGGCUACAAUCUACACUGAAGACACUCACCACUACUGCCUCCAUUUAGAUGGUGGUUUGGUUAUUGAUGGUCAUCGAAUGGGAGGAGAUGGGCGAUUUGUAAACCAUUCCUGCGAGCCUAAUUGUGAGAUGCAAAAAUGGAGUGUUAAUGGCCUAUUCCGUAUGGCUCUUUUUGCUUUGCGAGACAUUGAGGCAAAUGAGGAGUUAGGAUAUGACUACAAUUUUUCUCUCUUCAAUGCCGCUGAGGGUCAGCCUUGCAAGUGUGGGUCAAGCAAAUGUCGAGGUGUGAUCGGUGGAAAAUCCCAACGUGUGAGCAUUAUACCUUCUUCUCAAAAUGGUUCGUCCUCAAAAGUUAGUGUGGAAGACAACUCUGACAAGAAAGGAGGCCGGAAAAACAAGUCCAAGACCAAUCGCAAGAAUGAUGGAGAACGAGCCGCUGAAAACAUGAGACAAAGGAAAAGAAUGGAAGCUCAACGUCUAAAUCAGUGGUUGACUAUGAACAUCCGUCAAAUGUCUCAUCAGCAGCGAUCUUUUGUGCAACAACAUCAUUGCUUUUUGCUUCGUAACUUGGAAAAGGUCAAGAGACUAAGAGAGAAACUAAAACAAGCUACACAGCGAACAGAAGGUGCCAAUCGACAAGGCAGUAGUAAUGUUAAGCAGUCCGACGUUUUCCUCACCCAACUGAAUGCUUUGUCCAUACCAAGAAAUGUACGCACUAGGAGACUGGCACAGGCUGAGGAUAACCCUGAACUUGCUCGAAAUGCACGCCUUGCCUGUGUUCUGCGUGAACUUUUCAAUGUUGUUGUGUCUGCCAAAGAUGAAAAAGAUGAGGUCUUGAGUAAUCCAUUCAUGACUUUACCAAACAAGAGAAAACUUCCUCUCUAUUAUGUUAGAAUACGUGAACCCCUAGACUUCUCUACUAUUGAGCAAAAUAUAAACUCUGGUCUGUACUGUAGCCUUGAGGCCUUUGAUCAGGAUAUUUGUAAAGUGCUAAACAACAAUUUAAGAUUUUAUGGUCGCACUACAAAUUUGGGCAUUGCAUCUGUGAGACUGAAGAAAAUUUACAUGGAUGCCAAGAAGGAUGCUCAUCCUCAACUUGUAGACGUGUUAGGCGAAGCUUUGCCAGCUUCUUUGGUUGCUGAAAAAGAUCCAGCGGAAGAAGAGGAAGUAAUUCGGUGCAUCUGUGGGCUGUAUCGCGAUGAGGGAAUGAUGAUUCAAUGUGAACGAUGUUUGGUGUGGCAACAUUGUGACUGUGUCAAAGCUGACAGCAGUUUCGAACAUUACCUGUGUGAGAUCUGUCAGCCACGGCCUGUGGACUUAGAAAUUGUCAUGGAGCCACAACCAAAUGAUUCACCUGAAGGUCAUGUAGAAUACAUCACACUACUAAGAGGUGAUCUCCAAAUUCGGCAAGGAGAUACCGUAUAUGUAUUGAGAGAUGGAACUGAAGGAGAGGGUGAAUCUCAAGCCAAAGCUACUUAUAAAACUGUCAAAGAGCCCAAAUAUGCUGAUAUGGAUAUUUACAGAAUUGAAAGACUCUGGAAAGAUGAAAGGGGUGAGCGCUUUGCUUAUGUUCACAACUAUCUGUGGCCGCAUGAAACAUUCCAUGAACCAACAAGGAAGUUUUAUCCCAAUGAAGUCAUACGUGUUCCAAGAUUUGAAAUGAUUUCCCUAGACCUCAUUUGGGCUCGGUGUUGGGUUCUUGACCCAAUGACGUAUUGCAAAGGCCGUCCAAUUGAGGCAAUUGAGGAACAUGUCUAUAUAUGUGAAUUCCGAGUGGACAAAAGUUGUCGCUUGUUCUACAAGAUAUCCAAAGCUCAGAGCCGAGCAAAUCUAUGCCUAAAGAGCUAUGCCUUUGAAACAUUUGAAACAAGACUUAAACCUGUCAGAACAUACUCGCCACAUGGCACUUUGCCCAUCCCAUCGCUAAAAUCUCGAGGACGGGGAAAUCAGGAUGAUGCAAGUUCCACCAAAUCUAUGCAGCACUCCCCUGCAGUCGCGCCAGAGGAGGAAGAGGAAGUGCCUCUUGCACGAGUAAGAGAUACCGUUAUUGCUGAAAAGAGAGAAAAGCAGCGAGAGCAUCUAAAUGGAAUUUUACUUCGUCUUCUUGCCAAUCAACAAUGUAAGCAGCCCCUGGAUAUCUCCUAUCUGUUGGACCCUGGGAAGCGGCAGAGGAAAAAAACACUGAAUACCUGAGAGUGGCUAUUAUAACCUGGUUGAGACAUAACUGUUGAGGGCUUAGUGUCAAGCGAGUUUGGAUCAUGAAAUCUUCUUGUUGUGGUAAAUUUUUGAUGAAGGAACGUUUAGUCUCAACUUGCCUCAGACGUAUUUUCACUUCCCAGUCAGCAUCAUUUUGAAUGUUUAUAUAUUUAUAUAUUUUAUUGAGUGUUGAAUCCCUUUUGCUGUUAGUUCUGCUCAUUUAUUAUUUGUUUGAAUAGAAAUUUAUUGAUAUUGUGGCAUUUUGGUAGGAAAGAGUCUAAAAUUUGUGGAGGAAUAUUUUUAACUUGCCUCCUCAACUUUCGUAUAUUUUAGUUGCCUAUCUACUUCCUCCAAAAGGCUUAUUUCGCUUCUCAGGCAUCGCAAUAUAAAAAUUUUAAUGUUGAUGUCGUUUGUACCUGAAUUACAAUGAUCUCUGGGUUUUGCCAAUCGUCUGAGAGCAUGGGGUUAUCAGCAGUAAACCAAAAACAAAUAAUGUCACCUGUUACAUGACAUGUGUAUUAUAGUGUAGAUAAUUUGUGUAGUUUGAUCUUUGUACUUUUGGCAACAUCAUUUAUGUGAAGCAAACAUACGCAACGGUAUGAACUUGUUUUAAUGCUGAGUUAAUAGAUGUGAUCAUGUGAUUUACCUGUAUGAUAAAACCGAAAGAAACAAAUCAAAUUUGUGCGCGUUGCUGAUAUCCUUGGCCAAGAAUUAAUGGUUAUGAGAGUACAAAUGAUAUUCGUUUUGAAUCUAAUGUGAACGCCAUUGUCGUACUGAUUAAUAUUAGAUGUAUAUAUUUAGUUAAGCAGAACUGUAUUAUUGUGCAAGCACGUGAAAGGCCUCUCUUGCUGGGGCAAUUUGGAUUAUAUUUUUAUGCUAGUCAUAAUCAGUUUUACUCUUCAUCUUUUUUUCCCUCUUUAAAACAGGAGUCAAUAAACAAAAUUUCGUAAUUGUGGGACUAUGUUGGUAGGCGACCACUUUUGCGCCAGUCUGUGAGAAAAAUUAGCCUUUCUGCUGUUUUUACUAAAAUUUUCCUCAUUUUACUUUUCAACCAGUGCUGUCUUAUCUUACUUGUAAUGUAAAUUUGCAGACACUUGUACAAAGUUAGAAAAUGAUACUGAGAAACGCAUGUACUUCAUAUUUAAUUGAUUUGACCAGGAAUUUGUGAACGACUCAAUACUCUGUUGUGCUUUUUUGUCCUAUUUUCUGGUUUUCUUACUUUCUUUUUGGAACAAGUAAUUAUAAGCUUCCACAUUAGAGGGCAGUAUACAUCUGCAGCUUAUUUGGCUGUGUGUAUCAAAAAGAAACUAAGGACAGUAAAUAUGUAUAUUCAACUUCAAUUAGAUUUUUGUUGCUGAUGUACAUUUAUAAUUUAAGGAUUAACUUAACUUGUUUUAAUGUACAUAUUUUUCUGUGUACAUAUUUUAAGAAAAUGUCGUCUGUAGCACUAUUUAGUAUUUAUUAUAAUUUUUAUCUUUUGCUGUUUUGAUUAUUUUUAAUUGGGAAUGCAUUGUUUUCUUUUGCCCUUUCUGUCCUUUUCCCCUCUUCAUGCAAUGUUUUACCUUUUGUACUCUGCCAAAUAAGCUUUUGUUUUAUUAUUAUGAAAUUACCAGUCUUUCUUAUUAUUUGAUCAGUGUACUAACAUAACAUCACCUUUCAAACGUAACAUUUUCAUGUGCCGUAUUAUUCAACCAUUGAGUGUAACAUUGCCAGGUAAUGAAUCAUGGUUGUGCAGUCAUUAAAGAAUGAUUUUCUUCA